AUGUAUAUAGCCGGUGGUCAAGGCGUAUUUAUUAUUAUCAUUAAUUCAUUUGUUCAUGUCGUCAUGUAUGGCUAUUAUGCUUUAGCAGCACUAGGUCCAAAAAUGCAAAAGUAUCUAUGGUGGAAAAAAUAUUUGACACAAUUUCAACUUUUUCAAUUUGUAAUGGUUAUUAUUCAAGCAUUAAUUAAUUUAUCUGUUGAUUGUAAUUUUCCAAAAGCAUUUAGUUAUUCGUUUUUACUCUAUGCAAUUAGUAUUCUAGCAUUAUUUUUGAAUUUCUAUUUUCAAUCUUACAUAAAAGAACGACGAAAACGACGAGAAUCAAAGUGA